AUGCAGUCCCAGGCUCUGAUAGUCCUGUUCUGCCUCCUGACAAUCGUCCGGGGUGCAGCCGUUUGGUCCGAAUGGAACGCCUUCAAAGAGCGCCACAACAAGAGCUACCAAUCGGCGGAUGAGCACCGCCUACGCUUCCUCAUUUUCAUGGACAACAAGUUGCGGAUUGUCGAGCACAACAAGCGCUGGGCGAGGGGUCAGGAGAGCCACCAGUUGGGGAUCAAUCAGUUCGCGGAUCUGUCGUCCAGGGAGUUCAGGGAAAGGCUACUGCACAGCGAACAAGUGUCCCAAGGCUUUGGGGAUGUCUACUUGAUGCCUUCGGAAGUAGAAAUUGAACCUCUACCAGAAACUGUGGAUUGGCGGACGCGGAAUGCUGUGACCGCGGUCAAGUCCCAGGGGGAUUUCCCCACCUGCUGGUCCUUUGCCGCCACGGGGGUCAUCGAGGGUCGUCACGCCAUCAAAUACGGCCAUCUGCAGUCGCUUUCCGAGCAGAACCUCAUCGACUGUUGCCUGGGAUCCGAGGGGGGCUACAACACCUGGAGGGCCAUGCAGUGCAUCCGGACUCUGGGUGGGAUCGACACUGAAGUGUCCUACGCCUACCAGGGACCCGCCGCACCCUGUUCAUAUCGGCCAUCGGCCAGAGCUGCCCGCGUCUUUGGUGCCGUGCCUCUGCCCCAGGGCAACGAGCGGACUAUGGCGCAGGCUCUGCUUAGCGGCCCUCUUGCGGUGUCCAUCAAUGCGGCAACCAUUCAGUUCUACAAGAGUGGCGUCUUCCGCGACUCCUCCUGCAGCAGGUCCGUUAACCAUGCCGUCCUGGCUGUGGGCUACGGUACCGAUCCCAGCUACGGCGACUACUGGCUGAUCAAGAACUCAUGGGGCACGGGCUGGGGCGAGAGCGGCUAUAUCCGCAUGGCACGCAACAGCGACAACCAAUGCGGCGUGGCAUCCUCAGUGUUUUACCCCAUAGUCUGAUCACAUU